GUUCAUAAUACUACGUAGUACAUAAGAUUAUUUAUAUUUCUCGAUUAGUCAAGCAUUUAACGUUCGUAAGAUCAUAUCGCCUUAACAUUUAAUACUAUUUCUCAUGUGCUAAGUCUUUUAUUGACCAAUAUUCCUGUCCAUUACCAUCACAAUGCCUCCUGAUACGGCUGGUUGUCAGCGACUCACGUUUCAAGAGAUUAUGAGUUUAGUUCCUCUCGAGGACGGGAUGGCGGAUGGAAAAAUCACAAAGCAAUAUAUGAGUCGGCGCAGGGCGUGGUGUCCAGAAGACGAUGUACCGAUUGCGAGUGAAAUGGCCUACCCGGAACAGGAGAACUCACGUCGGCGAAAAGCGGCGUACGGUGGUCAUGUUUAUAGCCAAGCGGGAAUGGCUGUUUCUAGAGCCCUUGCAGAGACUUCUCAACCAGCUUCUCGAAGAAUACUCGGCAUUCAUACUAUUCAUGGCUACUUCUCCGAGGCUGGAUUUAUUGAUAGGCCCUUCAUAUACAAUGUAACCGCCAUUGGGACAAACACAUCCUUUCCAAACUUUCUCGUCACAGUGCGGCAGCCUCUGUCGCCGAGCACAAAUGCUGUCGGGGAUUAUUAUCCAUUGGCAGACGCCACCCUUCCUCUCGGCCCAGUCUGCUUUAGCGCCAUAGUAUCGUUCAGGCCACCCGGGAUCUCCCAACAUAUCGCUCAAGAAUUACCCGUGCAGACACGGUUCGCGAAUAUUCUAAGCUCGCGACCGCCAUCCCAGUGGGGCCCUGCGCCACACAUUGAUAUCGCUAAAAAGCUGGACGAUUUUCCCAUGAAGAAUCCUGGCUCUUUUCCGGCGGUUGAUAUGAAAAAGGUCGACCUCACCUCAUUCAAUGAAGGCAAAUCCCUAUCCGAUCGACGUGAGCUGUUGUUAUAUCGGCUUCUUGCGCCACUUCCUGCGGAUCAGCCAGAUUCACACGUUCUCACUCACGCCUACGAGGCGGAUAGGAAUGGACUGCUGAUGAUAGGAAACCAUGUGGGAUUCGGUUAUGACUUCGCUCGAGCAGCUAGUUUGAGCUAUUCUUUCGUUGUGCACGUUAAUCCUGAAGAUGCGAUAAUGUCUUAUGGUGAGAAUGAAUGGUGGGUUCAGGAAGCUUGCUUUCCCCGAGUUGAGGCUGGGCGGGCCAUCAUUAUGAGUAAGAUCUGGAGUCCAAAAGGUGUGCACGUAGCCACGGAAUAUCAGGAUGGUGUAAUACGACGGAAUUGGAAGCCCGGGGAGAGGCAGGGCAAGUUAUAAGAUGUACGGUGCUAAUAAUUAAUACUCCUAACGUAAGAGCACGCCCUGCGAAGGUCAAAGACGAACAUCACCGCCUACCGAGGUGCCCAGGCACCUACCUACGUACCGAAAAUAUAAAACGAGGUUAAGAAUCAAUGUAGAUUUAGUAAUCGGGGACAUUCAAUGGGGAUUAUCACGAUUUACAGUUGAUUUGACA